AUGUCGGACCACGACCACACCCAAGACGCACACCACGACGCCGCCCACGAACUUCACCACGCCUCCCAACAACCCGACGUCCUUCCCGGCGGCCCAGACCCGGACGUCACCGGCAGCCCCGUCGGCGGCACACCAAAGGAGCGACACUCCCUCACCCUCGACCAGCGACGCGCCCUCCGCCGCUGGGCCAACGCCCAGACGAUCCGCCCAAGCCACAAGGCCUGCAUCGACUGGUUCUAUGGCCAGUACGGCCAGCAUAUCUCCCAGUCCACCGUCUCCCACUCUCUGAGCCCCAAAUACUCCCGCCUCGAUGGCGACAACCCCCAGCUGAGCGGCAGCCGCCUGCGCUUCGGCAACUGGCCCGACGUCGAGAAGCUCGUCCUGCGAUGGUACCAGCAAGUCCAAGCCACCGGCCGCCACCCGACAAAUGAGGAGCUCGGCGAGAAGGCCAAGGCAAUCUUCACCGCCCUGCCGCGCUACAAAGAUGAGACGCCCCCCGAGUUCUCCCCUGGCUGGAUCCACCGCUUCAAGAAGCGCUACGGCCUGCUCAUCAGACGCCAGCGCCGCCACGGCGACGGCGGCAUGAACCCGGCCGAGGACAUUGGCUACCUCGCCGACUGCGUCCCCCGCCUGAUGGCCCUCUCCGCUGAUACCUCACCCGCCGCCAUCCGCGAGGCGAUCCUCCGCGCCUUGGGCGUCGAGGCGAGCCUGCAAGUCUGCGCCCUCGUCCGCGACGAGGUCCUGCGCCGACUGAGCACCGGCGGAGGCGCCGGUGGGCCCCCGGGCUCCGCAACGAACCCAAUGUCCCCCUCCUCGGCCGUCCCGCACACCCCCGACCCGCACAACGCCGACCCGAGCCUCGUCGGCCCGCCGCCACCGCCACCCGGAAGCGACACCCCCAUGUACGGCGACGAAGAUCCGGAUAUUGUCCUCCAAAACGCGCUGCGCCAGCUGCAGCAGGAGGAGGCAGAGGCAGAGGCCACGGCGGCUGCCGCGAGGGAGGAGCGCGAGCAGCGGGAACGCGCGCAGGGCACCGCGGCCGCGGCGCUCGCGACGCCCGCCAUCCAGAGAGUCGUCUCGGCGUCGUCGCGAUUCGUGCCCUCCACGCCGGAGCUCAACCUGACACCCAUUAAGAACGACGAUCCGGUGUCUGCCAACGAACGGCCGCUGCGAUGCCCCUUUUGCGUGAACCAGCGUAUGCUCCGGACUAUUAAGGAGGCCGUUGAGCACAUGUCUACUCACGUUGUGGUUUAA